AUGAUUGGUUUGAGAGCCGGCCUCUCGACACAGGACGCCAUGAAGCUGAUAAAUCAUCAGAUCGUCGACCGGAGCACGGGAGAUACCAGAGCCAUCUUUGGAUUAGACCUGCAGGUGUUCGACAAUAUCUCACACGAGUUCAUUCUCAAGUCUAUUGCCGGCCUCGGGCUCGGGAAAAGGACCUACGAUUUUCUCCGAUCCUUCCUUAGCCAGAGAACUACCAAGCUCAAGCUCGAAGGAUACCUUUCCCAAGAGAUCACCCUCGGUUCACGCAGCACGCCUCAGUGUUCAGUCAUCUCGCCAACAUUAUUUAACAUCGCCAUGAUCGGGCUUUCUAAGGAGCUCACGAAGAUUCAAGGAAUCAACCAUACCACCUACGCAGAUGACAUCACCAUCUGGUGCGUCGGCGGGAGCGACAGCUGGAGCGAUUUGGAGCCGGCACGCUGUCAGACAUGCAGCUGA